AAAAAGAGAUGCUGGUAAUGAAUCUUGAAAGUUUUAAAUAUUUCAAUUGUUGUUUGUUGCAAAAAUAAUGGUUCAAAAAAGUAACAAAGUUUUCCAAAAGUUGAAAGUAGUUCAUUAAAAUUUAAUUAGAAUCGAAUGAAACAGGAAAGAGAAUAAUUUUUAUAAUAUGAAUUUCCUUAAGUUGACAAAGGUGAUACUGAGUGAUAAAAGUGUUCAUUGAAAACAGAAAACACACAAAAAGAAAAAAACUGUUUUCUUCUCAAUAGAAAACCUCAAAGAAGGGAAGCAAUAUAUCAAAAGAAUAAAAAAUAUACAUACCUACAUAUGUUUAUGUAAUUGUACUAUUUGGAAAACUAUGUCAUGGAAUAAUGUGUCAAGUGAACUUUAUCGCUUGGAUUCAAAUAAUUUAAGAGAGAAUACUGGGCUUCAGACAAGGCUUUCAGCCACACACUUACUUUCACCUGAUGGAUCACGGAAUCUCUUAGCAAAUUCAACAGAUAAUGGAUUCACUUCAGAACGAACUUCUAUUUUCAAUCGGAUACCACGCCCGAGAAGUUCCAUGUUCUAUUGUUUCUUCUCCUGCCAUAGAAGUUUAAAAGAAUAUUUUGCAAGAAAAAAGAUUGAAAGGGGCUUACGUUUGUAUGAGAAGCAUCAUCCAAACGCUGCUGUUAAAACAUGGCAAAGCGCCUUACAGUCUUGUAGUAAACGAGAAGAUAGAUUUGUUCUUUUGAGUUACCUAUAUCAGGCACAUAUGGAUUGGGGAAAGUUUAGAGACGCAUUACAUUAUGGGCAUAAUCAAUUAGGAAUAUCAGAAGAGCUUGACAAUCCACAAAUGCGAUCAGAAACUUAUUUAAAUUUAGCGAGAGCUCAUGAAAGACUUGGUUGCUUGGAGCGUUCAUUGAUGUACGCUCGUCAUUCAUUGUACAACGAAUGUGAAGCUCAAUCAAGAAAUGGCGGGCUCGUUCAUCUUACAGUUGCUUCUGUUUAUUUAGAACUUGGAGGGUUCCGAAGAUGUUUAGAGGGAUUACAAGGAGCUCAUAAAAUAGCAGUUAAUAUUGGUGACCCUGCAUUAGAACUUCAAGUUUAUGUUCUUUUAUCAGAGCUUUUUCAUCGGCUUUGCGAUUUUGAGAAGAGUGCAAGGUAUGCUAGUAAAGCAUAUGACCUUUCACGUUCAUUGCAAUUAGGUGAUCUCAAUUCACGUCAUCAUCGUGCUGCAUUAUUACGAAUGGCAUCGGCACUAAAUAAACAGGGAGAGUUGGGGGAUGCUCGAGAUUAUGUGGAAGAAGCAACUCGAUUAGCUUUAAUCUCUGGAGAUCAAGCAACUUACACUCGAAGCAUAAGAAUUAUGGGAGAUAUAUAUAGAAAAAAGCUUGAUAUCGAUAGAGCAUUUCGACAGUAUGAACAAGCAAUGGGUGCUGCUGCAAAUAUGGCAGACAGAAUGUCACAAAUGGAAGCAAUGGAUGGAGCAGCAAGAUGUCUGGAAUCACUACGUUUACAAAAUAAAAUAUGCAGUUGUCGGCCAUUGGAAUUUAACACACGUUUAUUAGAAGUGUGCAACUCAAUCGGGUCUAAAAUGCUUGUACGUAAAGUGAGGUUGCGAUUGGCCCAAAUCUAUCGAUCACUCGGUGAUGAGGAAAAUUACCAAAAUCAUAUAAAGUUAGCCACACAAACUGAGCACUCUUUGGGUUUAAAUUGCUGUUUGUGUGGAGAAACGUACGGUUUACAAAAUGAUUCAUUGGAGGCGUUGCCAUGUGCUCAUAUUUUACAUCAUCGAUGUGCACAGGAAAUUUUGCGAAAUCGUGAUAAGAACAACCCAAGACAAUGUCCGGCUUGUAAUCAAUUGUUCAACUCAAACUUACAUUUAUGUGCCAAACUUCCAGCUGACAACGAUGACAUUAUCAAUGACACACUAUUGUUGCACGCCAAUUCGAUUCGCCCAGCAUAUCGUCGCAGUAAUUUAUCUUUAGCAUCAUUAAACUUGCGAGCUUCGAGUCUUACAAUCAACAGUGAUUGUAACAUAACAUCUUCGGUGUUCAAUAAUAUAAGUAAAUUAAUUUGUAUUUUAAUGAAGAUUCCGUCAACAUCUGAUACAUCAGCAAAAGGAAUAUUUGGCAUUGAUCUGAGCUCGUAUUUUAAUCCCACUGAGAAUGAAGCACCGAUGAUUGUGAUGAUGCUAACAUCUGAGAUUGAGCGUCAGGCUAAAAUUCAGACGAAGCUUGAUUUAUACAAACUUUAUCGUACAAAAAUUUCAUUGGAAUGCUUAAUCGAAUUAAGAGAUAUCCUCAACACAACCAAUAAUGAUCAAUUACAACAAAUCGAUCUUAAAAAAUACGAAAUUCAAUACUUAGUUAGCAUACUCAAGCGCUUUUUGCGUGAGUUGCCAGAUCCAGUCAUACCAGUAAAAUGGUACGAACAAUUCAUUAACGUCUUCAAACAAAACACGGAAAAGCAGACCGUCACUCAACUAAUGCAUUUAAUCGAUACGGAAUUUCCUGAACAUCAUCGUGUGACACUCAAAUGGAUCAUGGGGCAUUUAUGUCGAAUUUGUUGUAUGCAGUUUGAUCGAGGUAUACAAGAUAAUCCUCUACCUUUAGUACAAGUCUUUUGUCACAUUUUUCUUCGUCCUGUCUGGAGAGAUAUUGUUCAAAUUGUUUAUAAUACCCCAGAACAUAUAAGAAUCAUGGAGUUAUUAUUAUUGCACGGUAAUUGGAAAGUGAAACUUCCUGAGUUUGUGAACGCGCCUGCUUUACCACCAAGAAAGUCAUCACGAAUAGCUCCAAUGGCAAUUGUCUCACCACAACCUCAUGUAGCGCCUCAAUUAAAUCAAAUGCCGGUACCAUUGAAACAACAGUCGGCUCCUCAACAUCAACAAAUUCAAGAAUGUGUGUAUAAUGUUGCAAUGAACAGUCCUACAACACUGUCAAACAUUACUAACGUUGGUACUACAAAACCAUUACCACUCGUUAAGCAAUCGUCACAAAAAACAAUUGUGCAGACAGCUUCAAGUGGAACUAAAAAGGAGAGCACCAAUUUGAAUGAUGCUGAAUGGUAUUGGGGUAAUAUAUCACGUGACGAAGUAAAAGAAAAGCUUAUGGAUGCUCGUGAUGGUACAUUCUUAGUUCGUGAUGCUAUAAGUGGAUGUGAGCAGUACCAUGAAAAUUAUAAGCGUACAGAAAAUGACAUUGGUUUUAAACGUCAAGCACAUGAAGCUUUUAUGGAAGCUGAAACGAUGUUCAAAGAGCAGAUUGAUAUUCAAAAUCGUUAUAAGGAAGAAGCACAGCCUCAUGAGAAAAAGAAGUUGGAUGAGAACAGUGAGUUGCUGCAGCAACGUUUGACAGCUCUCAAAGAUUGUAAAAAAAAUUUGGAGUCAGAUCUUGAUCAGCAACGUCGACAAUAUCAGAAAUUAGAACUGGAUAUCAACAAAUUGAAGCUUGAAAUCAAUGCACUUCUUCGACAAGAGAAACGAUUAAAGCAGAUGAUGUCUUCCCAAAACAUUUCGGAGACAUUAAUAAAGCAAAUUAUGGAUGAAGGUACAAGUGCAUGGCUGGCACAAGAUUCCAAUGAACAUUUAUAUGAUGAGCCGAGCUGGUAUUUUCCAAAAUUCUCACGGUCUGAUGCUGAGAAAUGUUUGGCUGGAGCUCCAGUUGGUACCUUUUUGAUAAGAUUAAGCACAGCUAAUCACGCUUUUGCGUUGUCGAUUGUUGCUAAUGGCACUGUUAAUCAUUGUAUUAUCUUUGAAACCGAGCAUGGUACAUUUGGCUUUGCUGAGCCUUACAACAUUUAUAAGUCCCUGAAAGAGCUCGUUCUUCAUUAUAGCAUUAAUUCUUUAGAAGAACAUAAUGAAUCAUUACAAACAACAUUGAAGAUUCCAUAUUACGCAUAUGCACAUUCGAGUUCUUCGUCAACUAUGUCCAAUGUGUCGUCAAGCGGAUCAAACCCAAAAGAGAAAACAACGAUGGCAACAGCUGCACAUAUUCAAGAGAGACUUGAAAAUAUCUCAAGGUGUUUGCAUGCAUUUACAAGUCAAUUAACGCAACAAGUUCGAACCUUGACAUCACGUAGUUUCAAUAAUUUACAACAGCAAUGUAAUGCAUUUGCGGAUUCAUGUCGGGGUAGAAAAAACGAAAAUCGCCCGGAAAAUUGGUCGACGUCCACUUCAGAGAGAGCUUCACACCAUAAUGGAUCAAACGAAGACGAUGCAACAACUUCUGGUAACAACAUUGAAGAUUCUGAGAAACGCGUCAUUUUUAUAAAUCAGCAACAACCGCAAAAAUACUGUAACAAUCAUAUUUCAACAGCUAAAUAUAGUGCGUUAAGCUUUAUUCCAUCAUUCUUAUUUGAACAAUUCCGACGAUACUCGAAUUGCUUCUUCCUUUUCAUCGCUCUCCUUCAACAGAUACCUGAUGUGUCGCCAACAGGUCGUUACACGACACUCGUGCCACUUAUAUUCAUUUUAACAGUCAGCGCUCUCAAAGAAAUUAUAGAGGACUUUAAACGACAUAGAGCAGAUGAUGAAAUCAAUCAUCGAGAAAUUGAAUGUCUUCAGAAUGGACAAUGGAUGAAUGUGAUGUGGAAAAACUUAGCUGUUGGCGAUAUCGUGAAGAUUCAAAACAAUGAUUUCUUUCCUGCUGAUCUUGUUCAACUGUCAUCGAGUGAACCUCAAGGAAUAUCCUUUAUAGAAACAUCAAAUCUUGAUGGAGAAACGAACUUAAAGAUUCGUCAGGGAAUUCCUGAAACAUCGAAAAUCGUUGAAGUUAAAGAUUUAAUCCAACUUCAAGGUACAAUCGAGAGUGAGCCACCAAAUCGUCAUUUGUAUGAAUAUAAUGGAAAUUUUAAGGAACUAGGAAAGCCAAUGAUGCCUCUCGGACCUGAUCAAUUAUUAUUGCGUGGUGCAAUGCUUCGAAACACUUCGUGGGUUUUUGGAAUUGUCGUGUACACAGGACAUGACACAAAACUUAUGAGAAAUUCUACCUCAGCACCACUAAAGAGAUCGACAGUUGAUAAGAUGACGAACACUCAAAUUCUUAUGCUCUUCUUUAUCUUGCUUGUUCUCUGUGUUACUAGUGCUGUAUUUAAUGAGAUUUGGACUGUAAACUUCUUUGAAAAUCAUUGGUAUUUAGGAAUACAAAACAUAACAAGAAAUUUUGCUUACAAUCUAUUAACAUUUAUUAUUCUAUACAACAACUUAAUUCCGAUCUCAUUGCAAGUUACUUUGGAGCUUGUGCGUUUUCUUCAAGCAAUUUUCAUAAAUCUAGAUAUUGAAAUGUAUGAUGCUGAUUCAAACACCCCUGCAAUGGCUCGUACCUCAAAUUUAAAUGAAGAACUUGGCAUGGUGAAUUAUAUCUUCAGUGACAAAACAGGAACGCUUACAAGAAAUGUAAUGGAAUUUAAAAAAUGUUCAAUUGCCGGUCAAAUCUAUUCUCUUGACGAUCAUAUAGAAGAAAAUGGUGAUAUGUCAUCAACAUCGUUUACAACAGUUGAUGGUCCGGCACCAUCACGUCUCAGCAAAAGCAUUUUGUCAAAGCAAACAAAUUCUGAUACAGCACGCGAGUUUAUGACAUUGAUGGCAAUUUGUCAUACAGUGAUUCCUGAGAAUGGAGUCAUUAAUGACGAUGUCGAUGGAAUUACAAUCAAUCCUGAAAACGAUGACAUUGUUUAUCACGCUGCCAGCCCUGACGAACGUGCACUUGUUUAUGGUGCAAAGAAAUUUGGUUUCGUUUUUCAUACGAGAACGCCAACAUAUGUGGAAAUGAAUGCUUUGGGUAACACUGAGAGAUUUGAAAUUCUGAAUGUUCUUGAAUUCACAUCAACUAGAAAAAGAAUGUCUAUCAUUGCAAGAAAUGCACGUGGAGAAAUAAAACUUUAUUGCAAAGCAAUCGAAGAUAAACUCCAAGAAGGUGUCCCCGAAACAAUAGCAGCUUUACUUGAAGCUAAAAUAAAGUUGUGGGUAUUGACAGGUGACAAACAAGAGACAGCGAUAAAUAUCGGAUAUUCAUGUCGGCUUCUCCAACAAGGAAUGGAUUUAAUUAUAAUGAAUGAAGAUAGUUUGGACAAUACUCGAACAAGUAUCACUGCACACACUAGUAACAUGCUAGCAGCUUUCAAUUCAUCCAACGGCUCAUCGACUUCAGAUGGACAAAUGAGAAAAGACGCAGCAUUAAUAAUUGACGGAAAGACAUUGAAGUAUGCUUUGAGCUGUGAACUGAGAAGAGAAUUUUAUGAGCUCUGUGUCAAUUGUAAGGCAGUUAUUUGCUGUCGUGUGUCUCCAAUUCAAAAAGCUGAUUGCAUUAUGCUAGUCAGAGAAUGUUCUAAAUCAAAAAAUCUUUUAGAUAGAAGGAAUGAUGUAGUAACUCUUGCUAUUGGCGACGGAGCAAAUGAUGUUGCAAUGAUUCAACGUGCUCAUGUUGGGGUUGGAAUUUCCGGCGUUGAGGGAUUACAAGCAGCAUGUGCUUCUGAUUAUUCUAUAGCACAAUUUAGAUUCCUACGAAAAUUGUUGCUUGUACAUGGUGCAUGGAACUAUUCAAGAAUGUGCAAGCUUAUUCUUUAUAGCUUCUAUAAAAAUAUUUGCUUAUAUGUCAUUGAACUAUGGUUUGCCAUUUACUCAGGAUGGUCUGGCCAGAUUCUAUUUGAACGUUGGACAAUUGGAUUAUAUAAUGUUUUCUUCACUGCUUUGCCGCCCUUUGCUAUUGGUAUAUUUGACAAAGUUUAUUCCGCUGAAACACUUUACAGGAAUCCAAGACUUUAUGAACAUUUUCAAAGUGCGAGGCUGUUUAACGUUAAAGUAUUUUGGAUUUGGAUAAGCAAUGCAAUGAUUCAUUCAAUCAUUUUAUACUGGAUGUCAAUGUUUGCAUACGAGGGAGAUGUCAUUUGGAAAAAUGGUCGUGAAGGUGGAUAUUUGGUUCUUGGAAACAUGGUUUACACGUAUGUGGUUGUGACUGUUUGUCUUAAAGCUGGUUUAAUAACAAAUUCAUGGACAUGGCUUACUCAUUGUUCAAUAUGGGGCUCAAUCGCUCUCUGGUUCCUUUUCAUGCUUAUCUACAGUAAUGUUUGGCCGAUUAUUAGGGUAGGAGCCGUAUUUUCUGGAAUGCAAUAUAUGAUCUUCACUACACCAGUCUUCUGGUUGGGAUUAAUUCUAAUACCAGUUGCCUCAUUGCUAUUAGAUGUCCUAGUCAAAGUAAUACAAAAUCGUCACAAAAGCAGCGCUACUCAUCAUAGUUUUGCAUCUCGUUCGGCUCAUUCAAAACAUGAAUCAAAAGCUUCAUUAACAGAAACUGCCCGCCUUCUCGUAAGAACAAAUGUAAGGCGAGUAUUUGGUACUGGCGGCACAAGUAGGUCUCAUUCAGCUGAGAAAAAGGAGAUGGAACUGAAACAUGGAUUCGCUUUUUCACAAGAGGAAGGCGGUGUGAUAACACAAUCGGAAGUUAUAAGAUGUUACGAUUCAAACAAACCAAAACCUGAAGGUAAUUAAGUCUUCAUGGAGCACAUUAGAGAUAUUAAUAAUAAAAAGAUGGAGACGAACAAUCGAGACAGACAGCAAAAAAAAAGUCAUUUCCAAAAGAUCAAGAUUUAAAAUAACAAAUGAAACAUUUUUUUUCUAUUAUAUAAACAAACUAAUAAGUUAUUAAAUGUUCUAAAAUAUAUUUAACUUACAUACAUGUUCAAAUUAAAAUGUGUAAUUUGGAAUAAAAUUAUUAUUACAUAAAUAAAGUCAUCAAAGGUUAAAAGAAAAACUUAUUUUUCAUUGGGCUUUGAUAAUAAAAGAAGACAAAUGAAAAAUCCUCU